CUGCCGCACCAGAGUAUCACUACGUCCAGAAAGAGGCAGUCUGCAGAGAAGUGUCUGCAGCUUUGCAAUGAAGUAUUGCCAAGACUUAAUAAAUUCCUCGCUGUCUGGGGCAACAGAAUGCUUGCUCUUACUGCUGCAUGGUUGAGUUAAUCCGUAAAGAGUACUCCCCUGAGAGAACCCUUAAUGCAAGCUGAUAGUUUGGUUUACAGUACAAUUCUACUUGUGAUCGCAAUCAACAGAAAAGCUCAAGUCAGGCUGUGGGAUAAUGAAUGCGUUCAGUUAAAGCACCAGCUGUCGCAGGAAGCUUUCGUGGUUAACUUUUCAACUUGCUGUCCUUUAUUACAUAUGUUUUACACUCAAGCAUGCACAUUAUAUUAAAUUGAAAUCCUGAUUGCUCAAGUCGAGAGUGGAGCAAGUGUUGCUACUUUGGAAGAAAUUCACGCCUUCAAUCAAAUUAACUUGGGGCCAAGAAUCAAUUUUGACUGUUGCAGCAAAGUGGUGCAUGCACUGCUUUGAUCAUAAAUCUGUUCUAAAGGUUUUAACUUGAAUGAAAUCCCUAUUAAAAUGAGCUUUCAAGGCAACAAUUCCAGCAAGGUGGAGUGUUCAGAAAAUGAGAGAAGAAACCACUUUCAUCUCCCUGUAUUGAUCAGUGAUCCGAAUGGCAAUCAAGUUGCCUGCAGCACGGGAAUAUCUUCUGAAGCUCUUCGUGUUAGAACACCAUUGACUAAUGGAAGUUGCGAGUGCCCAGAUGUGCAGAUAAACCCAGUUAAUAUUGGUGUUGAUGUCAGGAUAAUGGUUUCUGACCAAACAGUUUGUAGGCCUCAGGGUGUGCACAGACCUGAAUUGCAACUUGCUGGUGACUCGCUCUGUGAUCAUGCAGCACCUAUUAGCAUGGUUUUCACCAGUUCGCAAAGUCGCUGUUCAGAUCAUUACAGAUGGCUGACUGAUGAUAAUUGUUGUCAUGCAAAGUGUUCUGUCACAUCAGAUCCAGGGCAGAGGAAGACUGAACAUGAACAAAAUAGAAUUGAUGCAAGACAAAUGACUUUCAACCGAACAAUAUGCGAGUGCCAUAUGACAGAUUGUGAGCACAAGUUAAGCUCUUGUGUUACCAAUGAAGCUCACCUUAAGACACUAAAGCAUCGUGUUUCAGAUGACUGCUUUAAGAUAUGUCAAAGUGUCAAUCCUAAUGACACAGUGAAAACUGCAAUGAAUGAAGAAAUAAAUUUGGAACAUUCAGUACUAUCUUCUGAAUCCAAGUUAGAAAUGAAGCACAACGUAGAUGACACGGAAUAUGAAUCUGGUGUGCCUGUUGCUGAAUCAUCUGUAUUUUCAAACAGUUCAGGUUAUUCAUUUGUAAUGUCAGAUCAAUCAUUAGAGACAUCUGAAAAUCCAGGUGAACCUGAGAGUCUGAAUGUUACAGGAACUAUACAUCAACUGUCUGGGGAAGCCAACUUGAACUUCAAACAAUGCGUCCCAUUUCAGAAGAGUCAGUUGCAUGCCUUAGAAAAACCUGAAGAAACACAUUCUUUUGACCAAGGUACUGGCUCAGCCCAGUGCCCCACACUAAAUUCACGUCACAAUUUUGGAGAUCAAGUAGGUGGAACUAGCUACAAUAACUUUGAUAAAGAUGUGAAAUAUGAAUCAAAUGAAACGGCAGAUAGACUGUUAGCAGUUGUAAAUGAACAUUGCAAUGAAAGAAUGCCUGUAGCAGAAAUGGGUGAAUCUAAAAGUUAUGAAAUGCCAAAGAGCUCAACAAUGAACACAACAUUCAUAGUGUUAAAGGACCUAAAUGAUGAUUGCAAAUUUGAAUCUGAAAUUGAUGGUUGGGUGACUGAUGCAAAGGAGCUUGUACCCCAACCAGAAACAUCUGUUGAAGGAAAUGUCAGUGAUCAAACCUUUUUGGUCUCCAGUCCGGUAUUUCAUGAACAUGAUAAUUCCACUUCAAAUACUUCGACUCCUUUGCCAGAUUCCAGAAAAGUAGUUUUCUUUGGAUUAUCAUUUCAGAAUCCAGCAGGUUUAUCUGACAAUGAAAAUUGUUGUACACCUGCAGUGGAAGAGUCCCCAACUAACAUGAUUCUGCAGCCAGUUGCAAGGGGUUCUGUGCAGAAGCCAGGUUUCAGAACCAAGUGCAACACCUAUAUGAAAUCAAAGUUGCCAAAAGUGGAAAUCAAAUCCUAUCCUAAACCUAACUUCAAUAAUGUCAAACCCAAAGUUGUAUCUCGAGCUCAGCACAUGUCAUCAGUGUCAAAAAGCCAUAUGUCUCCUAUAGCGGGAGUUUCUUCACAUUUUCCAAGGUGCAGCAGUUCCGUCUCAUCUAUUGAGUCUCCAGGUUCUCUGUCUCCUGCACCAAAACAGAGAAAGGAACAACUUUCGCAGUCAGCCUUGAAGCUAAAAUCUAACAAUGCACAAGUCCAGAAGAUGGUAUUUAGAAAGAGAAUCUAUUCAAGUGAGCAGCAGACAUUUACAAAGACAGACAAGAGAAACUUCAAAUCCAGCCGUAGUAUCAGCUGUCAAGCCAGAGUACCUUCAUCUACUACUGUCAAUGGAGCCGAAAGUCAAGUGUUCGGCUCACUGCACGUGGCCAAGGCGUGGCCUCCUUCCAUGGGAGCGAAUGCAUGUGAACUUAAAGCUCGUCACUGUGGAGUAGAAGACCACAAUCUGUCAAAGCAGAUGAUUCCAGGUGUUAAACCAAGGCCACGAUGUAGCAGCUUGGCAGGCAAGACAGAUGACCACCUACUUAGCAGUAACUGUCCAGCAGCUGCUGCUUGCGAAGUUCACACCAUUCAAGCUCCUUUAACAAAAUCAUCAGCACCCAGUGUCGCUCGGGUUCAAGUUGGACAGAAGCCAUCCCUUGGUAGUACUCCUAGGACCCAGAGUGUGCAGUCUCCAUCUGCAAAGUUAAGAACGCUGUCUUCUACAUCCAAGUUGCAACAAGGUCGUGUGAGCCAUGAUGGCCGUGCUGGAAGUAUGCGGAGUUCAAAAAAUAAACAACCGUUCUUCUCUGAUCAGCAAAAAGCAAACUCUAAAGCGAAACCAAGAUCUGCAUCAUUGAAACCUGCUCUGAACUGGGGAGGGAAUGCAAUAAAAGGCACACCUGGUUCCAAACUGCCUGUACCAGCUUCUCGGUUGCAAAGAAUCAACAGCCUGUCAUCAGUCAGCAGUGGUGUGUCAAUUCAGAGUGUUCAGAGCACUUGCAGCAAUAAAUCUGCAGUUGCUUCAACAAACCAUCAGGCAGCUGGUCCUCGGAAACGUGCGCUCUCUGCCAACUCCAGUAGUACUCAAACACCAUGUGCCAAAUCAUUGCAGAAAAAUAAAGUGGUUUCUGUGAAGACUCCGUGCAAGGGUUUGAAUAGGAAUGUCAUCACUUCAAAUCAAAGCCUUGAAGGAUCAGGUUCAAAGUUGUCAAGACAACCAAGCACUCCACGCAAGUUGCAAGCUGACAAAACUUGGGUGAAAUCAAACUCCUCUACGCAGAAACCAAAAUCACAAACAACUCGAGUAUCAACUCAGACUCCAUCAGAUCUGCCUCCAGUUGUGAAGAAAUCCUUUGGGUUACCUCACUACAAAGCUAAAUGUGAGAAACAGGUUGAGUGGAUUGCGUUGUUGAAAGAACUGUUGAAAGCAAGUAACCAAAGAUUUGAAGCUGUUGCAGUAGUAGUUCAGUAUCUUGAUGUCCAGCGGGAGGAAGUAGGCAAACAACACAAGGAGCUGUCUCAGGAGCUGCUUAGUCUACGCAGUGAACUAGAGACUAGGAAUGUGACUUGUGUUCAGUUGGAGAAGGAUCGGGAGGAAUUGCAAAACAGAUACGAAGGAGUAAUUCAAAAACUGUCUGAAGAACACCAGAGUGAACUUAAAGAAUUAGAAAAAAGACUUGAGGAGCUCUUCACUGCAGAGAAGGAACAUCUACAGCAAAACUUUGAAAAUGAUGUCAAAAAGCUGCAAGCACAACUUCAGAAGGAGGUUGAAAAUUUAACCUGUAAUCAUGACGCCCGUAAACUGGAGCUUAUUGCAACUCACUCAAAAAACCUGGAGUGUCUUCAUGAAGAAUAUCAAGAGUCUCUAACAGAGCUUACCAGAUCACAUGAACUGGAACAGAAGACCCUUGAAGAGACCUUUAAAGAAAGACAAUCACUGUUGCAGGGCCAAAUUACAAAACUGAAUGAGGAAAAUGAUUCUCUAAAGAAGGAAAUUAAAAAUAAGGAGGAAAUCACGAAAGUGCAAGCACAGAAAGAGAAAAAAAUAGACCCCCUGAGUCUAUAUCUGCAGCAAGAACUGGACAGCUUAAAGGCGGUACUGGAAAUAAAAAACGAGAAGAUACACAAUCAAGAGAAAAAGCUGAUGCAGAUGGAAAAGCUGGUAGAGAAACAUACAGUGCUAGACGAGAAGCUUAAAAUUGUGAUGCAAGAAAAUGAAGACUUAAAAGCUCGAAUGGACAAACACAUAGCUGUGUCUCGGCAACUCUCGACUGAACAGGUCGUUUUACAAGAAUCGUUGCAGAAAGAAUCCAAAGUCAACAAGCGUUUAUCUAUGGAAAAUGAAGAACUUCUGUGGAAGCUACAUAAUGGUGAUGUUCUUGGUCCUAAGAAGUUGUCACCGACAUCCCCUCUAUCCUUCCAGCCUUCCAAAACUCCAGCGUCAUCCUCAUCUAACCCUACGCUAUCACCAAGGUGACAUUUCCAAAUGCGUGCCACUCAAAAUGACUUUGUUUGAGGUUGCUGGCUAUUAUGACAAACAAGGGCUACUGGAUGUUGACCAUGACGUACAAACUGUUGUCCUAUUAUAUGGGUUCGGAAUAGGAAAAACCAUUUCUUCCCUUUCUAGGUGUUUGUAAUUGUAUAUGAGACUGUACAUAGAAUAUGUUGCACAACAGCACUUAAUUUACACAGCAAGAAUCUUGCUUUUGCCUUUUUGCCUAUUACAAGUAAACUCAGGGCAUGUAGAUUUUAUUUGACAAAUUUGUGUUUUCCUCAUUGAUUCGUGAAAAGGAUUUGUAUUUAGUGAACUGUGUGUUUAAAGUUGAAUUGAAGUAUCGGGUUUGCCUUCGCUAUUAGCAAGCAAGUUGCUGCUAGAAUUCUUCCCAAGAAAAUAGAAUGUGGAUUACUCGUGUUGCUGUCUGAAGUUGCACAGCAUAUGGCAUAAACUAAGUAGGCCAAGUCUACAUAAAGAUUCUCACCUCUGUGGAAUUUGUUUAAUGUGUCAGAGGAUGCCUGUGCAGAAUUUUGUCCUUGAUUAGUGUUAGAUUUAUGCAGGUGCCUGUACCUGUAUCUAUAAAUUUUGAUCUGUUGAAAACUGCUUUGAGAAAGAUGCAGCACCAUGGAGUUAACUGUUUUAAAUAUUUUAUUUUAAGAACCUGCAAUAUGCUGUCAAUCCAAGCACUUGAGUAGUAUUGAAGUAUUGCAUUUGACUAGUAGCAAGUGGAGCACUGUAUCCUGAGGCCACAGAGGUAGCUAAUAUUUGCUUGUGCUGUUUGGAGAAAUUUUGGAAUUUUUUUGGCGUAAUGAGGGAAUCUGCUUGACUACAAGAAAGUAAAUAUUCAAUUUUUGAAGUGUUGAGAUGGUUCCUCCAUUGCUUUUGAAUAUUUUUCUACAUAAAUAUGCUGGUUAUGAAAAAGUUUACAGCUCAAACAUUCAUUUCGUCACAAGUUCUUGGCUUCAGUUACAGUUUAAGUUAAGUAUAAACUUGGCAUUUUUGUAAUGUGAAAAUAUGUUGAAUCAUGAUUGCUCUGAAAACCAUUACAGUGAAAUUUUAGAGCAUGUUUGUGUCAUUACUACAUUGCUCACAUUGCAAAACACACGCAUCUUGGUGGCCAUAUUUUGUCCCUGAAUUUCACACCCUUGUAAUAUUCUCUUGAGAAAGGGAAGCAAGUCAAGUAACUUGUCAAGUUCUGAUAAUGGUUGAACUGAUUUCUACAGCAGUCUGGGUGACAUGUAUUUAUUGUCGUUUCUUUCUUCCCAUUCACCAGUAUUCCUAGUGACACAUUAAACCAAGAGCUGCAUGCAGAUCCUAGAGGCCUAAGCAAUUUUGCCCCAACCGAGGCAAUGUUAUCUUACUUGCACUUGAUUUGUUUAAUAUCUGUUGGACCUGGAGUUUAAUAACAAGCUAUAUCCUGUUGUUCUGAUGGAUUAGUCUUAGGAUUUGUUUGCAACAGCAAUUUGACUUGAGCAAUUUUAGUGAACGUAGAUUGUGAUCCUGGCAGCUCAGUAGUGUGUGAAUGUGGAUCACAGAAGCUCGUACACCUUUUUCAUUUGUCUAUUGUGACUCCAGCAAAGAAAAAGUGUGCAAACCUGUCCUCCUUCACCUUUUUUUACUAAAAUAAUUUUGACCCUAGAACUUAAUUUGGUGUUUACUCUUGAAGUUUUUCAAUUAUGGUGAGUUCCAAACCAGUCCAGCUGAAGCCAGUUCAAAUUGUAUCAAAGCUUAAUUUGAUUUCCAGUCCAUCUUUGCUCGAAUAUUAAAUUUGUGAAUCGACCCCCUUUUGUACAGUCAUGUUGCUACUGUUGACGUACAAGUUUUCUUAUCCUUGCAAAUUGAAUCUUGCUCACAUUUUGUUAUCAACUAUGUUGUGACGCACUGUUCACGCUUUCAAAAUAGCAAUGGGUUCCUAAAAGAAAAAGCAAAAGGAUAUUGCAAAUGUUCAUGUAAGCUAUCAAAUUUGGCAUUCAUGACAAAAUGCUGCAGUUUCUCAGGAUAUCCUUGGUAAAAAUGAGUUGUUUUUUUAAAAUAAGAUGGCUUUAAAUUAACUUUUUUUGAGUGCUGGAUUCGAUGGAAGAAACUAUUAACUUUGUUAAAUUCUGCAUUGAAAAUUUUAUUUCAUCUAUAAACAGGCAGAAGAGUUGUGAACUAUAUCAGGCACUUGGAUUUAGUCAUGGUUUGGAAGUUUAGUUUCUAUGCAAUUUUACACCUUUGGCCAAUGGAAAUGCUGAUGUGAAACUUGCAAUACUGAAAUCACCUUUUUAAAUGAAAACGUUUCCUGUACACUCAUUUGGUUCUGCAAGACCAUAACCCAGUCUUACUUUAAGAAACUUAUUGUUGAAACUGUCAAAUCUGAUUUGGUCAAAUUAUGCAGGUAUCUGUUAGUUUAUCCUGGGCUCAUCCAGUUUAAACUCGAGAUUUGUAUUUGCACUUUCACUGAGCUGCAAACAAAGUAUGAGGUUUCAUCUAGGUUUUGCUACAAGUUCACAAGCCAGUCAUCCUGAGCAGCUCAUUUUACAGUUACUUCAGUGCGGAAUAUUUGUAAAGAGAUUUUCUGCAUGUUGGAGUCUCAAUUACCUUGUUUAAUUGAGGUUCCAAUUUUUGAAUGUGCACUGCAUUAUUUGACUAAAUUAGCAGCACGUUUCUGAAUGGCUUGUUCUUGUUAUAGUCAUGAUUGUUAUACCGUUCUAGGUAUUUGCAAUAUUUUAACAACGAGAUCACCCAUAGAUCACUUCUAACUUUUGUAGUUAAUACCCAAAUUAUAUAAAACCUCUACCCUUGAAAUUAAAAUGAGUUUGUUAUAUUAUAGGAAGACAUUUUGAUAAAACUAAUGCAAUUAGAUGAAAGAAAUUUAUUCACGUAUAUCUUUAGAAGCCUAUAGCAAAACAAUUUGUCAAGUCAAUUGAAACAUUGUGCAACACAGCUUGUAAACUUUUUCAGUUACUAUUGUGUGCUUUGUUAGUAAUCAUUCUUUUAGAUUUACUGCAUUAUCAAUGUAUU